AUUUGAUUGGCGUUGUAGACAAUUCGCUACUACAUACACAGAAAUCGGGAAGAGAAGGAGCAGGGGAAAGACACAAGAGAAAGGCAGGAAGGAAGGACAAUGUCGAUGAUGACAGUGGCUGCUGCGAGAACCAUGGCUGCAGUUGCGGCAUGCAUGAGCAGCACGACGCACGCCGCGACGAAGAUGCCGUUCUGGCCGCAAUACCCAACGCGCACGUUGGCCAUCUUGAACGGCGAGUGGGACUUUGGGUACUUGGACAACGUCCCGGAUGCCAUCAACUUUGAUAUCAAGAACGCCGUGUUCAACGAGAGCAUGAGCGUGCCAGCAGCAUUUGAUGUCGCCCAGCCGGGUGUGAUGGGCCCCAGAGGCACCGCCUUCUACCGUAGGCAGUUUGACCUCUCCCCAAACCACAAGGGCCUCCUCUACUUUGCAGCCUGCAGCUUCUACUGCAGGGUGUUUGUGGAUGGCCAAGCGCUCGGCGACCAUCGUGCUGGCGGUUACCAGGCAUUUUGGAUGCACGUGCCUGCAAGCACCAACCACACACGCGAACUUGUGGUGCUCGUGGACAACCGCUUCAACGCCACCACAGCCCCAACACACACGGGCGGGGACUUCUACCACUACAGCGGCAUCACGCGCGAUGUAAUCCUGCACGAGGUGCCUGCAGAGACGUUCAUCUUGCAGGUGGAGACGUUCACGCUUUCACUCCACGGCGACAUCAAAGUCCGCGUUGUUCUUGGCGGUGACACGUCCGUAUCUGCUGUCAACCUCAACCUCACCUUCGACGGCACCAGCACCAAGGCCUUUUCUCAAGUUCCUGUCACAAACGGCGUUGCGGUGCUGGCGAAUGUGUCCGUUCCAAACGCCAAACUCUGGUCCCCGGCAUCCCCGCACCUCCACACCCUCACCGUCGCCAUCAACAACCGCGCGGACGCCGUGCAAGUCAGAUUCGGCGUGCGCCUGGUGACGGUGGGGUCUGAUGCGCGCGUGCACAUCAACGGCGAGAGAAUCAAGCUGCUUGGCUUCAACCGUCACACCAUGUGGCCGGACACGGGCUCAGCACUCACCCUCGACCAGGUGCAGCGGGAUGUGGCGAUCUUGGUUGACGUCGGCGCAAAUUACGUGCGCGGCGCACACUACCCACAGGACCAACGGUUUCUGGAUCUUUGUGACGAACAUGGGAUCAUGGUGUGGGAGGAGACAUUGGGCCCUGGUGUGACGGUGAAGGACUUGACCAGCCCGUAUUGGAUGCGCUACCAACUGCAGGCUGUCAACGAAAUGAUCUCGGCCUCCAUUAACCACCCCUCCGUCAUCUUUCACGCAUUCUACAACGAGGGUCCGUCGGACAACCCCGCUGCGUGUCCUGGGUACAAUGCAAGCGCAUCGGCCAUCCGUGCACGUGUUGGCUCUCCGCCCUCGCGUCUUGUCACGUGGGCCAGCGACACCCGCACAAACGACGUCUGCCUCCACAUCGCAGACGUGGUGUCGUUCAACGACUACCCUGCAUGGUACAACCACCCCGGUGACAUCAAGUACCCGAAAAUCUUCUGGCAGACGCAGGUGGACUGGGUCAAGAAGCACUUUCCAGGUCCGCAUGGUGGCGGCGACGGUGUGAUGUGUGUGUAUGAAGUGUGAUGUGUGUGUCUGCUUAUGUUGUGAGUGUCUCCUUGUGAGUGUCUGCUGGUGCGUGUCUGCUGGUGCGUGUAUGCCUGUUCUGGCUACGGUUCUAACUGUCUAUCCGUGUUUUACAACCCACAAUCCCAACCGCUAUCCCCUACCAAAUCAUCCCCCCCCCACACACACACACACAUGCACAUCCGCGCACUGCCCCUCAGCGAAACCGUUUACCAUCUCAGAGACGGGUGCUGGCGCCGUGUACGAGUGGCAGAACACAACCGACCCAAAGUGGUCGCAGAACUACCAGGCAGAGGUUGUGCAGCAGGACAUUGAGUUUGUGCUGGGCAGCGAGGCCGUCUCGGGUGUGACCAUCUGGCAGCUCACCGACAUCAAAGCCAACGACGGCGACACCCGUGACGCGGGCCCGUGUGUGUACGCACCGCACCCUGCGACGCUGUCUGUGCCAUGGAACUGCACGUACAUCGACGUGUCCGUCAACAGGCCAGGCGGGGAGAACCACAAGGGCGCGGUGGACUUUUGGCGAAGAGAGAAGAGCGUUUACAGCGUUGCCAAGUCCCUCUAUCACCAGUGAUGGUGAUGCUCUUGUACUCAUUCAUUCACACACUUACACAAACGGUUCAAAUCUUCUUUUCAUGUCUUGUUAUCAGCAUCAGCACACUCAUUGCUGUCUCCUUUUUUUCCUUUUUUUCCUUUUUUUCACACAUGACUGCUCUAUUUCUUGCAAUUGUAUUGCGAUAUCAACAAACGUUGAAAGAACACGCCUAUCAG